AUGUCCUUUCCGGCCAAAUCAAAAGACGUCUGCUCCGGUUGUCGUGCCAGAAAGAAAAAAUGCAAUGGUACACGGCCAGCAUGCACUCCUUGUCUGAAGCGUGGCGGCAUUUGCGUAUACACGCCGCCGCCCACCAACGUGCAGCUAACGUUUGCCGGAGAUGGCUGGUUCGCCGCGGAGGACCUGGAUGCGGUGCUGACAGAUGUGCCCGGCUGGCCAGCGUCCGGCCUCGCGUCCGGCCAGCUUCCCGGCAACGCGAGCGUGCCCCCCGUGGCUUUUACAGAGGCGCCUUCGUGGUUUGAGCUUGGUCCUGAUAUCGUACCAAUGACGGAGACAAUUCAAGGGCUGCCUACACCGGAGAAUGCGAGCCCCAAAUCAGACUCGGAGCCGGCCGUCCCGUCUUUGGACGUGAUCCUUGACCUAGUCGACGUCUUUUUCGAACGAUUCUACCCCAACCUCCCCAUCCUGCACAAACGCCAACUGGUCUCGCGCCUACAAGCCUGCGGCGCCGACGGCAUCUCGCCCGCUCUUCUCUUCGCCGUCUUGACCGUCGCCGCGAGCGGCCACCCCAGCGCGCCGAUCCGGGCCAACCAGACGCACUGGCGCAGCCUCGCCCGCGACGCCCUCCGCAAGUCGCUGCCGACCGAGGAGCAGCCCCUGCAGACGCUGCAGGCCGCGGUGCUGCUCGUCUUUGCCGCGCUGCAGCAGGGCGACUACCCGGUGACGUGGAUGCUGCUCGGCGAGGCGUGGCGCAAGGCCGCCGUCAUUGGCUACCACCAGGUCGACGCGCGCGACAACGAGACGCUGGUGCAGUACCUCGGCUCCGUCCGCGGCCUGGACGGGCCCGUCCAGCGCGAGGAGUGCCGCCGCGUGGUCUGGGCCUUUUUCAUCCUCGACCGCGGCCUGUGCUACCCGAUCGGCAUGGUGCACGCCGUGGACGAGCGCUGCCUCGUGGUCCACUUCCCCAUGAGCGAAGACUGCUUCCAGGGGCUGCUCGCGGAGCAGACCGCCGUAGAUGGGCCGGCAUUGAUGUACACGAAUGACUUGGACCGCCUGAUUGCGCGUGUGCGGGAGCACGGAAGACACGCUGGCGCGUGCACAAUGCUGCACUACGUUCUUCUGGCGUAUGUGCUGCUGGGCCGUGUCACGGAGCAAGUAUACAUGCAGGACGCAGACGAGGAGAGGCCGGCCGCGCUGGACGCGCUCAUUGAGCAAUUGGUGCAGAUCCGCCUGCUCCUGCCCGGCUGCGCGUCGGAUGUAUCCCUGGCCAAGCCCGGCGACGUGCCGUACGUCGUGUGGCUGUCAGCCGUGCUGAGCGUCAGCACAAUCUUCCUGCACCACCGAGCCCUGCGCUGCGACGACGAUGCCGCAGUCGUGGCCGCGCAGUGGCCGCACGCCGUGCGCGCGGCGCGCAACACGGUGCAGCUGCUCCGCGACGCGAGCCGCGCGGGCCCGGCGUCGUCGUUUAUGCUCGCGCACACCACGGCGGCGCUGUUUGUGAGCACGCGCGUGCUCAUCAUGGAGUAUCUGUGUCCCGGCGCCGGCCACCACCACCACCAGCCGUCGGCGGACGCGAGGCGGGACACGGCGCUGCGGUCGGAUCUCCAGGUGCUGGCGGCGUUUAGCAUGCAGGCGCACAGUUCGCUGGGCCUGAUGGGGAAAAGGUUCCUCAUCGGGUUCAAGUUCCACAUUCGCAUGCGCGAGGAGGACGUUCGCGCGGGCAAAGACUACGGCGCCAGGGGCCUGCUGAAGCGCUGCGGCGACUGGGCUGUCGCAGACGACGGCCAAGGCAUCGUGAUUCCAGAGUGA